UACAUCGUUCCUUACCAUAACUAUUCCAUCUUAUGCACCCAUAAUAGUCUUUCGAGUAUGGACAAUCUCCCUGCCGAGAUCCUGCUCCUUAUCGCACAGUACCUGGAACCUCACGAACUCGCGAAUAUCCAACUCGUCUCCAAGUAUUGGUACAAUGUGUUCCGAGACAACGAAAUCUGGAAACGACUAUGUUUCGAAGGACGCCCGCGAAGACAACACGAUAUCGGUCUAGACCAGAGAUUAGCGGAGCUUGCGCGUGCGGCAGAAAGGUUGAUUCGAGAGACCUCCACUUUCCUACAGGAUGUCAACAACACCACUGCAGUAACCGGAACGGAGUGGAAUGAGACCAGGUUGCGGAGAACGUUGCUGGCAAAUUGGGAUCCCACAUAUCCUCAAGAGGACGUCAGCUUCUACCAUGAGUAUAUACAGAGACAUGCGCCGCAUACCAUAAGCUGGUUCCAAGAGUCUAGGUAUGGCCAUGAAGAUGAUCGCCUUCAUCACGAAGCCACUGGUGCUGGUAUACUCUAUGAUCAAGGUCUAGCAGACAAGCUAGUCGCACCGAUGGAGGAUGGCAGCAUCGCCAUCUGGGAAGCAUCUGCGAGCCACUCGCGGCAAGGCACCAUUAUUGCUAAGGGCGCCAUCGGCUUGCUGCCAAAUAGAGGUUCGGAUCUUGACUAUGCCACGCGCCUGCGGCAAAGCCAGGCUAUCAUGUCUGAAACGGGGACAAUAGAAUGCGUCUCCAUUGACAAUGUGCGGAGGCGAGGCUUCUUCGCUGUACAAAAUGUGCUCAAUGAGGUGGACCUAGCCACGCUGCAGGUCGUCUCGAGGACUCCUUACCCCUUUCCCAUCACAGCGCUUUCUGAAGCGCACCAUUCCACUCCCCUGACCGUGGGUACGAAUUGGACAAUUCAUCUACACGACACACGGUCACCGCCUGUGCAAUCACGCGCCGUUCGCACUGAACUGAUCGGAGGCAAUCCUGCCAGCUCCUGCUCAAAUCUUCAGACACGUGACUUUGGCGACCAUGUCUCCUUGUCGCAACCCGGUGCUCUGUCUAUCCUUCAUCUUCCCACGGCACGAGAGUGGGACGGUAAUGGCGAUAUAUGGGUUGGCGGACGCUUUACCAGCAUGCUCAACUUCGACCGACGGUUCUUCCCUCGCCUUCGCGGUACGGUGCAUUCGGGGGCCCGACUGUCUUGUCUCAAUUCCAUACCCUUCUCACUCAUCACCUAUGACGUGCGGUCUAGCCGUCCAUUCGCAUCGCUUUCCCUGAUAGACCAGUGGAAGGAGCUGUCGGGCCAUACGCUCAUCGCAGCAGGCGAGUACAAAGGAAAAGGGUCUCUCGAACUGUACAAUCUCUCUUCAGAUCCCGCUCGCUCGAUCAAUUCUUCGGACAGCAGGACUACUCAAAACAGAGAUGCCUGUUAUCAGAAUCGCCAAACGGCAUCCAGGUCGAAACUGCUCUCCGUAGCUCCCCACGGAACGCGACUCGUCUUCUCCGACGGUGAUGGAAAUCUGAAGUGGGUAGAGCGUGAUGGUUCUACUGGAGUGCGGCAACUCAAUAUCAAUGAGAAGGCGCCCGACACACGAGCCGGUCACAAUGGGACUGUUGAGCAAGAGUCAGGUGAUAUUGUGCAGAAGAUCCUGCCCACUGUUCAUGCGAGGCAGAAGACCGAUCACAGCAACACACCGUUUGGAAAAGACAAUCUGAUCAUCUGGACCGGUGAAGGCAGGCUGGGCAUGGUUGGGUUCGGACAGCGCGGCUUUGAUAUAAGCGAAAUGGAGGAUCAAGCUCGGGAAGCGGAGGCAGAGGAGUUGCGUAAGAAGGAGAGGGAGUAUGGCGGCGAGAUGAGGAGGGCUUUGGAGCAUCAGGCCAGGGAGUUGAGGUGGAUGAGGGGCUACGGGCUCUGAUUCCCACGCCUGGUAUCCUUACAUCAGGGUUCAAGACUAUCCUUAUAGUGGCGCAAGACCAUUCACAUUCCCUUGAAAUUAUACCCUAUAAAGAGUAUGUAUUUACAUCUCACGACCAUUUUGCUUGAUGUUCCACUGGAGACCUCUGUCAUACUUGCCAGAAGCAGUUCUCUGAAGACCGGGAGUGCCGCAGUCAGACCUAUCCCUUCAUUCAUCCCCCAUCCACCUUUCACAACGUCUCCUCGCAUUUCCCUGGCUCGGACCAAUAGAUCUUCCAUUUUUG